AUGGCAGUAACUUCCAAGGAGUAUCCAGACGACCCCAUCAGUCAGGAGACAGAACAGUUUGUCACCAAGGUGAGAGGAGUCACCAUCAUGCCAGUUCUCUUCAUCAUAGGAACAGUCGGAACAUCCGUCAGUCUCACCAUCUUCUACAAGCAAGGUCUCACCAACAGAAUCAACCUCUGUCUGUUUUCGUUAGAGCUCGUCAAUCUGUUGAACGUGUUAUUUCUAGUCUUACUGAACAUCGACAGUUUGUACAAGACAAUGGAGGAAGGGUUGUAUGGGGAUGUGUUCCGGUUUAUAAUGAAUGACCGUUUGCUGGGAAUGUUGGGCUUCAUGUACUGCUCCAUGUACCUGACGGCCCUGGCAUCGUGCUUCAAGCUGGUGGAGACGAUAACAUUUCGAAAGCAGACAUCAUCGUCAGACACAAGGAGAGAAACAGCUGCCACCAAGAUGUUGGUGAUUCUCUCUGUACAGUUUCUUGUUCUGUCCAUCCCCAACAUCGUCAUCAGAAUGGUGCCGUUGUUCGAGCCGGAAGAAUACCCAGAUGACCCCAUCAGCCAAGAGACAGAACAUCUAGUCACCAAGCUGAGAGGGGUCACCAUCAUGCCUCUGAUGUUUAUCGUUGGAACAGUCGGAACAUCCAUCAGUCUUAUCGUCUUCUACAAGCAAGCGUUCAAGCUGGUGCAGACGGUAACAUUUCGAAAACAAUCAUCAUCAUCGUCAGACACUAAGAGGGAAAUAGCCGCCACCAAAAUCUUGGUGAUUCUGUCUGUAGUGUUCCUGAUAUUUUCUGUUCCGAACAUUGUCAUCAGAAUGGCAAAAAUUGUUGAAGCGGAAGUGCAGAGUAACGGUCGCUAUAACAACACCUUCGUCGUGCUCGUCAACUGUGCAGAGGCUGGAAGCAUCAUCAACAGCAGCGUCAACUUCGUUGUUUACUUUUGUGCAGGAACCAAAUACAGAGAGUCAGUGAGCGACUUGUUUUCCUGUCUGCGCCGCAAGAAGAGUUCUAAUGACAAUAAACACCAACAAAAGAAUUUUUCGUGUUAA